AUGCUCGCCGUUUCGGCCAUCGUCGGCGUGUACCAGGCGUACCGCUCGCGAAAAAACGUCGACGCGGUGCGGGAAUACCUGGUGGGCGGACAGAACAUGUCCAUUUUCCCUAUAAGUAUGUCCCUGAUAGCCAGCUACAUAUCGGGAAUAACGAUCCUCGGGUUGCCCGCCGAGAUGUACGUCUACGGCACGCAGUUCUGGUGCGUGAUAAUCGCCGACUCGUUCGUCUCCCUGACGAUGGCCGCCGUUUAUCUGCCGGUGUUCUACGGCCUGGGCAUCACUUCCUCUUACGAGUACCUCAAGCUGAGAUUCAACGGUGCCGUUCGACUGAUGGGUUCGGUGAUAUUUAUCAUAAAAAUGCUACUCUACAUCCCGUUGGUGAUAUACGUUCCCGCGUUGGCAUUCAAUCAAGUCACCGGGAUGAAUCUGCACGCGACCGCGCUCCUGGUUUGCGCCGUUUGCAUAUUUUACACGACUUUGGGUGGCUUGAAAGCGGUGGUCUGGACCGAUGCUAUUCAGACGAUCGUGAUGUUCGGCGGAGUGAUCACGGUGGCGGUGCUCGGGACGAAUCGAGUCGGUGGAUUGGCCGAGGUUUGGAAACGAAACCGCGACACCGAUCGAAUCCAGUUCUUCGACAUGGAUCCGGAUCCGACCACGAGGCACACCUUUUGGUCCGUGGUGAUAGGCAACUAUUUGAACUGGUUAGCAAGCUGUUCGGUGAAUCAAGCGAUGGUGCAGCGAUGCUUGGCCAUGCCCAAUUUGAAGAAGGCCAACGCAACCGUGGCGAUAAUGGCGAUCGGCAUAACGAGCAUCGUUUCCUUGAGCUGCUACACCGGCGUCGUGAUUUUCGCUACCUUCUACGACUGCGACCCGAUCACCGCCAAGCAAAUACGCAAACCGGACCAACUACUGCCGUUCUUCGUCAUGGAGAUGGCCGAGGCGAUCCCCGGACUACCCGGUCUCUUCGUCGCGGGGGUGUUUAGCGCGGCGCUCAGCACCAUGUCCACCGGGUUGAACUCCAUGUCCGGCGUGAUCUACGAGGACAUGAUAAAACCGUGUCUGCGCGUUCCUCUCUCCGACCUGGCGGCCAGUCGAGCGAUGAAGCUGACGGUGGUAUUGGCGGGAAGUUUGUGCGUAGCGCUCGUUUUCCUCGUCGAGAAGCUCUCCGGACUGAUACAGGCUGGCAAAAGUUUGUCUGGGAUUACGGCCGGACCGUUGCUCGGAAUCUUCACGCUCGGCAUGUUCUUUCCCGCGGCAAAUUCCACGGGAGCUCUGGUCGGCGGUCUGGUCAGCCUGAACCUGGUCGCUUGGAUCUCGUUCGGCACUCAGGCAGCCAUUUCCGACGGAAUGAUCGCGUUCCCGGUGAAACCGGUGUCCGUAGACGGAUGCCCGGAAUCCCUGAGGGGUGGUCACAGCGCCGCUAAUCUCACGCUCGUCGUCGAGACCGCGAUCAAGGAGCAACCAUUCUUCCUCUACAGAAUGUCCUACCUCUGGUACACCUGGGUCGGUUUCCUAACCGCGAUACUGCUCGGGCUUCUCGUCUCUUGGAUCACCGGGCCGAAGGAGCGGCAGCCGGGUGACCAGAACCUGUACACGCCGGUGAUUCGUCGCUUCCUACGCACCACGGAACAAGUACAUACAUACUUAUAUACGUAACAAAACCGGCCAACCCGUUACGCUUGCUUUUUUCCACCUAGGAAACUGGCGCGGAACUAGAAAAGAUCGCCACGAGCGUACGUAACCGUGCUUCGUAACGGGCAAAACCAAGUGAGAGGGACUCGACGCCGCCCUCGCCCCCGCCCCGCUGCCGUUUACCGUCCGGUAACUUUCGGAACAACGAAAGGGACGUUGUAGCGCUAGCAUGAAAUGAUGAUA